GCAUUCUACAUUUUGCAUACCAUACACCAUGGCUAUCAAUUCACUACUACUAUCGGCUGCAUGCUUUACUACCGCCCAUGCCGUUUCUAUCUCCCUAACACCGGCGGCCAGCGCGCCUGCAGCUUCUGGCAUCUCGCAAGUCGUCGGUCCUUCAUUCGCUGGUCUUGGAAUUGAACCUUCCAACUUGUUCUCCUUCACUGGUGGAAACAAUCCUAAUAAACUCUCCAUCAAUCUCCUUCAACAUCUCACAGACUACUCGGGCGCACCUCCGCAUCUCAGACUCGGAGGCAACACUGGUGAUCAUAUGGUCUGGGAUGCCUCUUACCAAGGUUUCAGUCUCGGCCAGAACCCUCACCAGGAAGAGACCAACCCCACUCCCGCUGAUGGCUCCGUCUUCGGACCUGGUUACCUCGAGGCCCUCGAGCGUUUUCCCAAGGGCAUGCCCGUCACCUUCCAGCUGAACAUGGCCUACGACAUGGGCGACCGUCUCGAAAAGAUCAACGAGGCAGCAGCUGCCGUUGUCGAUGGUCUCAACAACACUUCGCUCUACUCAUUCGAGAUCGGCAACGAGCCAGACUUGUAUCUGGAGGGCUGGCAGCAGAUGAGAAACGGUACCUGGAACGGCCAAAUCUACACCCAGCAGUGGUUAGAAAGAGCAGAGUCUGUCUGCAACAACGUUCUGAAGCCCAGAGGCAUGACCUGCGACUUUNUCGAAGCCGCCCAAACUGCUUCGACAAUCGGCACAACCUUCACCAUCAGCGACAUGGUCGAUGCGGGCAUUCAGAAUGCAACUGACGGUGGCACCUAUCUCUCGUCAUGGAACCAGCACGAUUACUUCUACUUUGUUGACGUCUCGACUUACGACCUUACCCUCAACAUCAUGAUGGACUUUGACAGAACCGAAGAUCAGUUCAAGUAUUGGACCACCGAAAUUGCCUAUGCUUUAUCUACUGGUGUUCCUUAUAACCUCCGCGAGAUGGCAAACGUUGGUCCCAUUGGUAUGGCAAACGUGAGCAACACUUUUGGAGCUGCCCUUUGGUUCCUCAACUUCUAUUGUUACGGCGCCACACUCAACAUCUCCUCAGUUGAGAUGCACAUGACCGACAACUCGUACGCUGCUCCUUGGCAGCCCAUCUUCAACAACGGAGUCCCCGCCAACGUUCGUCCUAGCUACUAUGCUUUAGCUGCUAUGGCUCAGCUCCUCGGUUCGGGUAACGGUACCACUAGACUCGCUCCAUUGGCCACACAGAAUUCCUACGUCCGCGCCUACGCUGCCUACGCUAACGACGAUCUUUCUUCAUUGGUGAUCAUCAACGCUCAGCAGGUUAACGCCUCUGCUGCUGACAAGGGUAGCAUCGACUUUGCUGUCUCACUUCCUGACCUCAAGGGACAGACUCUGUACCUGUCAUAUUUGAGUGCUGAUGGUGCCGACACCAUCCACAAUGUCACCUGGAACGGCCUCAGUUUCGAAAGCGACAGUGUGGGUACUGCCAGCAAUGUUCAGGACCAGAGUGGCCAAACCGUCGUUCUCGACAGCAACGGUGCCGGAACAAUCACUCCGUCAUUGCAAACCUUGGUGCUCGUCUUGGCUCGCUCCCCUGUCGACGUCGCUAAUACCACAUCUUCUGGCUCUGGUCACUCAAGCUCCGGUCAGUCUGGCCACCACUCUAGCGCUAGCACUAGCGCCGCACCUACAGUGAGUACCUCCGCAUCCGCAUCCGCAACCGCAACCACACCGGCAGGAGACAUCCAGGCUGCAGCGGCAUCAGGCAGCGUCGUUAGUGCUAGUGCCAGCGCCAGCGCCAGUGUGACUGCGCAUUCAUCGAGCUCAAAGACCAUCAUGCUGACGGAUAAGACUCUCUUCACCGUCGUCCUUGUCGCUUUGGUGUGUAUCUUCACAUCC